CGUGAUCGGAAUAGAUUUAUGAAAUUCGUUACAAUGAUGUCCUCGGGAUUUUGGUGAAUGUGUUGAGACAAUGGUGUAUCGAUUAUUUUGCGCUAACUAAAUGUCAUCCCGGUGCCGUAGUGUUAAUAUUAGAAGUCUAUGUUUGUGACCACGAAUACUAUUGUCUAGGCAUCUACGCGUUUUAUAUUAAGCAUGCAGAACUUCAAUUUAGCUUGAGUGACCAAAAUAGUGCCGACGUUUUUCAUUCGGAUAAAUUCAUCCGCUCCUUGACAAUAUCUAUUUUCCGACCAUUUCGUGAGUGGUUACUCCGUGGAACAGCAAGAUAUAAGAGAAAAUAUAAAUAGCACUUAUAGUUCAUAAUGUAGCCUAUCUACUCAUCGGCUGUAAAACAUCAAAUAUUUUAGAACGAUACACCGAACAAAAAAUAUUUUUUAUGAAUUAUGUAUGUACAACGUAUCUGUGUGUUAUUGUACAGGGGAACGUAGUCACAUACUCAGAUAUUGAAGAUUCGUGCUCAAAGUUUACGCAGGUGACUGUUACAAUCUGGUGUAGUAAGUAUACUGUGUUAAAAAUGGCAAAUCCAAACCGUGAAAGUGUCAGUACGCGAUUUUCAGAUAAUUAUGAUCUGAAAGAAGAAUUAGGAAAAGGAGCCUUUUCAAUUGUGCGACGUGCUGUGCAAAAGUCAACUGGUUAUGAAUUUGCGGCCAAAAUUAUUAAUACUAAAAAACUCUCGGCAAGAGACUUCCAAAAGUUGGAAAGAGAGGCACGAAUUUGCCGAAAACUUCAACAUCCUAAUAUCGUAAGACUUCAUGAUUCUAUUCAGGAAGAACAUUUUCACUAUCUGGUGUUCGACUUAGUAACAGGUGGUGAACUGUUUGAAGAUAUUGUUGCCAGAGAAUUUUACUCUGAAGCUGAUGCUUCUCAUUGUAUACAACAAAUCUUGGAAUCUGUACACCAUUGUCACCAUAAUGGAGUUGUGCAUAGGGACUUAAAACCAGAAAAUCUUUUACUGGCCAGCAAAGCUAAAGGAGCCGCUGUCAAGCUUGCCGAUUUUGGACUAGCUAUUGAAGUACAGGGCGACCAACAAGCGUGGUUUGGUUUCGCCGGUACUCCUGGUUACUUAUCGCCUGAAGUACUUAAGAAGGAACCGUAUGGUAAACCAGUGGAUAUCUGGGCGUGCGGUGUGAUCUUAUACAUUUUGCUUGUUGGUUAUCCACCAUUUUGGGAUGAAGAUCAGCAUCGGCUGUAUGGACAAAUCAAAGCGGGAGCUUAUGAUUAUCCGUCACCUGAAUGGGAUACAGUGACGCCCGAAGCGAAAAGCCUCAUUAAUCAGAUGCUAACUGUAAAUCCUAGCAAGAGAAUAACGGCAUCCGAAGCUCUUAAGCACCCAUGGAUCUGCCACCGGGAACGUGUUGCCUCUGUAAUGCACAGGCAAGAGACCGUAGACUGCUUGAAGAAAUUCAAUGCAAGGCGCAAAUUGAAAGGGGCCAUCUUGACCACCAUGCUUGCUACACGCAAUUUCUCCGGAAAAUCUAUGGUAAACAAGAAGGGAGAUGGAUCGCAAGUGAAAGAGUCAACCGAUAGCAGCACCACAUUGGAAGACGACGAUUUGGACAAGGAUAAGAAGGGCGUAGAUAGAGCAUGUACUGUAAUUUCCAAAGAACAUGAUGAAGAAGCUUUGACAAAGGCAGAUUCGUUUGGAAAAGCUCGUGGCGAUAGUAACGCUUCUUUGCGGCGAGCAGAAGUAAUCAAAGUAACUGAAGUGCUCAUAGAUGCGAUUAAUAACGGGGACUAUGAAACCUAUUCCAAAUUAUGUGACCCGAACGUGACAGCAUUCGAUCCCGAUGCGCUGGGUAACUUAGUGGAAGGCGUCGAAUUUCAUAAGUUCUUUAUCGAUAACACGCCGACUCAUGUAAAAACUAAUACUACGAUCUUAAAUCCUAGAGUGCAUCUUCUCGGCGAUGAUGUAGCUGUAAUUGCGUACGUAUGCGUAACGCAAAGCGUGGAUGCCGAAGGCCGACGAGCUACACACCAGGCGCAAGAGACUCGCAUAUGGCACAAACGCCACAACAAGUGGACGGCAAUACAUUUCCAUCGCUCCUAACUAGUCCCUUCUGCAGCCCACUCCUGUACGGUAGAGGAUAACGGUCUCGCAAAUGAAAUUAUCUGCAAUGGUGACGCCGUUGCAGCUAUUAUAACUUUCCCAAGUUAGAUUGAGACUACAAGAUGAAUAAUCCUCUUCUUCGUACACUAUAAAAUUUAUUAUCCAAUUCUGCUAUAAAACUUACACGAAUUUUAUUAGAAUUCUUUGUAAUCCAAAAUAUUAAGUUAAAUUACUUAUAGGUAAAUGUUAUUGACACCGGUGUAAGCGAUUCGGAAGUUUAUUCUUAUCCGUUAAAGUCACUUAUAAAAUUACUAUGUGGCUAAAAUGUGAUACCGUUAAAUUCAAUGCUUUGUGCUAGUUGUAGUAGAGUGUACAAAAAUUCUGAUCUCUGACAAAAUCGAAGAUAUGUCAACGAAUAUCGAGGCAAAGUGUUGUUUAUCAACAUAAUAAAAGAAAUCUCAACAUAACAACAGAUCUGAUACUAAUGAAUCUAUAUUAUAAGCAAAUCAGCAAAAAAUUUCAAGAUUUAGAAUAUUUAGCACAUUUCUCAGUAAGUCUCUCUACAUUUUUAACUAUGAAUGUUUUGUCGUGCUUAAAAAUGGUGUUCUAUUUGUUAUCAAAUACCUAGUUAGUAAGAUUUAAGUAACUAAUAAAUCAUGCAGUUAUUGGCACUAUGCACUUAGAUAUAUCUACACAGUGAGGACGUAGAUUUAUUAAAAUUAAAGUUCAUCUAUUUAUAGAAUACCUACCUAAAUUGCGCUAAAGUUUUCUUCGAAUACAUUUUAGAUCCUGCGUAUUUGUAUACGUACUAGCUAGGACAGCAUCAAUGUGCGUAUUAUAUUUUAAGUGGAUUAUAUCAAUUUCGUCAAUUUUAGAUUUUAAUGUUAAUGACAUUAUUCUGCUUUAGCUUUCCUCACCAGAGCAUUAGAAUGAUAAAAUGUUUCCUUGCUGUACUUAUUAAUUUGAAAAAUGCUGAAGUGUUUGUUUGCUGUUCCUAUAAUUGUUUUGUAACUGGUCGUUAAACAAAUCGUACCUACUUGAUAUAGCUUAUAAUUUUAAAAGUGAUAACUGUGCAAGAGAAGGGUCGGCUUGUUAGUAUUUGUAUUAACUAAGAGGAGCUUUGUCAACAGUGAUAUUAAUGUAAUGAAUGUAAGGUGUUUUUUGCACAGUUACACUUAAGAAAUGUGCUUUAAAUAUUGGAUCUAUAACUGUAAGUCUGCAGUAAAUUCAGUAUUUCCUAUAAUAUAAUUAGAUAUAAAAGUCAUUUAACCAUGUUUUUUACAAUUUUAUAAUAUAUUUUAGUAUAGUUAGCAAAACUUAAUUUACGAACAUCGGUGGAGUUGGAAUUGUAAUAUUAAAACGCAUAAUAAAAACCUACAUAUUAAAUCAACUUUUCAUGUUGAUAGUUUCACUGUAAAUUGUGUAUACAGAGUACAUACAUAGUUGUGCCAUUAUCAUUGAAAUUAGUGCCAAUAACUGUAAACUAAAAAAUGUAUUCUAGUCUUUAUUGUUACCUACGCAUAUUUAGUAAUUAAUCAACAUUUUUAAAUUAAUUUUGAACAUAUAUAUUUACAUACAUAGGUACAUAAACUUACAUUGUGUACAUAGAUAUUGAUUUGCACAUUGCAUGAUUAAAAGUGUCGUCUUCGUCAUUAGCUAAAUAAAAUAUUUUCUUUGAAAAUAUUUAAUGAGGGUUUGUUAUCUAGAUCAUGUUGAAUUUAUUUGAUAAUUUACUUCUACGUAACUAGUGGCUCUCCGUUAAUGUUAAAAGACUAGAACUCGCCCACGGAGCUCGCCAGACCCCAAAAGGCAUAGAUAGAAUAGAAACAUCUGUUGUGCUGAUCCGUCGUUGGAAAAUAGCGUUAAAUAGGCAUAAAACAGCUCGUUAGUUUUCUAAGCUCAGUCUGUAAACAUCACAUUAGAUGAAUUUACUUUAUAGUUGAAAUGUUUGAAUUUUAUUUUACAUGUUAUACAAAGCCUACCAGCCAAAAUAUUGUAGGUACUUUUGCUUUAUAUUAAGUUUUUAUGUAAUACGUUACUACAGCUGAAAGUUAGCAUUGGGUUUAUUAAAUUCCCUUUUUUCCCAAUAAAGCCUAUUGGGAAUCUUUGACAUUAUCAAAUAAAGUAUUAUUAUUCAUAAAACUCCAAAUCAAACACCAACAUUAUUUACUGGUAUUAAAAUAUAAAUAUUCUAUUGAAUAGAUUAAUGUGUUACAUGACUUUCAAUUAAAUACAAUUUUUACUAUUGAACUGUUAAAUUUUUGUCAGAAUUUAAUCAAAUACUAAUGUGAAAAUACAAUGUAUAUACCUACCUUCCUAAUUCAGUAUGAGAUGCACAAAUCUAUCAUGAUGGUUAUCUUCCAGAAUAUUUCACAAAUGUCUCGAGAACAACAAUAUUUUAAGUAUUUAUAUAUUUUCAGUCUUCCCUGGACACUGGUCCAAAAUACUAAAUUAAAGGGAUACCUUAUACAGCUACUGUCAGCUUCAAUUCAAUAGUUUAACUUUUUCAAAAAUUUAAUCUGCUCUCCGCAAAUUGUUAAUAAUGCACAUUUACCUGUUUGCAUGCAUUUAUCUCACUGGCUUUUACAUUUAGGGGGGCUUUUAUAAAUGACAUUAAACUUUUCCAUUGGCUGCUUUUUAUUAUGUACAUUUACAAUACUUAUAAUAAUAUAUAAUAAAUUAUUUUACAUUAAAGAUGUACUUAAACUUUAUAAUCCAUGACACCAUUUGUAUCAACAAAAUUACGCGAACACUGAACACAUUAUUUGUGCUGAGAUAUGCCUAAGAGGCUGAUUACAAAUGGUUUCAUGUCAUUAAAAUUAUAUAUACAUACAUAAUAUGGGUGCAUUGCAAUAGGGGUACAUUAUUUAAAAUAUACUAGAAUUAAACAAUUUUUGUGUCAUAAUUUUCAAUUAAUAAUUACUUGUGUAGUAAAUUGCUGAUAAUCCUCAAUAGAAUAACAUUACUAUAUUCAGCUAGAAUUGUGUUUAAUGUUUUGACGCCAAACAUAAUAUUAUAAUGAUAAUAUUUGUAAGGCUAUAUCAGCAUUAACUUUAAAUCAUUAUUAGGGUGUUGAUAAGUAAAUAUGAACAAUGUGUUUAGUCAAAAUUCCAAACAAAUUGCACCCUUGCCUAGUAUGUGAGAUUAUUUUAUGUUUUAUAGUUAGAACUCUUACCAAAGUAUUUUACUUUAAUGCACCACAAAUUUCAUUUAGGAUUUGCUCUUUUUUAUCAUGAAGGCUAAGUUUGUAGUAGAAUAAUAACCAAAUGUGAAAGUAUAGGUGUAUUAAAGAAUUGUCAGUAUAUUUGUAUUCAACAUAAUUUCUUGGACCUCUGCAUUGCCGAUUAUCAUGUAAAAUUCUCUAAAAUAAAGUUCUUUUGAUCUACAAUAA